AUGUCAGCUGUCAAGAAGCGCAAGAUCGCCAACAAGGCUCCGCAGUAUGAGAGUGACGCAGAAUCAUCUAGCUCCCACGAGUCCGUCGCUAGUAAGCACUCUGAUAACGCUGAGGCGCAAGAUGGACCGGAGUCCUCAGAGACGAAACCUGCACCCAAGUCCUUCAAGGAUCUAGGUAUCAUUGAUCAGUUAUGUGAAGCAUGUGCGACUAUGGGAUACAAGGCUCCUACGCCAAUUCAAGCGGAAUCUAUUCCCUUGGCGCUUCAGGACCGCGAUUUGAUCGGAUUAGCAGAGACUGGAAGUGGAAAGACAGCAGCGUUUGCUCUUCCUAUCCUGCAAGCCCUCAUGGACAAACCACAAUCGUUUUUCGGUCUCGUCCUUGCUCCCACUCGAGAAUUGGCUUUUCAGAUCUCCCAAUCGUUCGAAGCGCUGGGCUCGACAAUCAAUGUCCGAUGCGCCGUCAUUGUCGGAGGCAUGGAUAUGGUGUCGCAGUCCAUCGCUCUCGGAAAGAAACCACAUAUCAUCGUUGCUACUCCCGGUCGACUGCUGGAUCACCUCGAAAACACCAAGGGCUUCUCGCUACGAACGUUGAAAUACCUGGUCAUGGACGAGGCCGAUCGUCUUCUUGACAUGGACUUCGGCCCCCUCCUCGAUAAAAUCCUCAAGAUCCUCCCCAGGGAGCGGCGCACAUUCCUUUUCUCCGCAACCAUGAGUUCCAAGGUCGAGUCGCUGCAGCGUGCCUCGCUCUCAAACCCGCUGCGCGUGUCCGUCUCCUCCAACAAAUACCAGACCGUGUCGACUCUCCUGCAGUCGUACCGGUUUAUCCCCCACAAGCACAAAGACAUCUACCUAGUCUACCUCCUGAACGAAUUCGUCGGCCAGUCCGCCAUCAUCUUCACCCGCACCGUGCACGAGACGCAGCGCAUCAGCUUCCUCCUGCGGGCGCUCGGCUUCGGCGCUAUCCCGCUGCACGGCCAGCUCUCCCAGUCCUCUCGUCUGGGCGCUCUCGGAAAAUUCCGCUCCCGCAGCCGGGAUAUCCUCGUCGCGACGGAUGUCGCCGCCCGUGGUUUGGACAUCCCAUCCGUCGACGUGGUGCUGAACUUCGAUCUGCCCACGGACUCGAAAACAUACGUCCACCGCGUGGGUCGUACAGCGCGUGCGGGAAAGAGCGGUGUUGCGAUUAGUUUCGUGACGCAGUACGAUGUUGAGAUCUGGCUGCGCAUCGAAGGGGCGCUGGGGAAGAAGCUCGACGAGUACGAUCUCGAGAAGGAUGAGGUUAUGGUUCUGGCGGAGCGGGUUGGCGAGGCUCAGCGCCAGGCUAUCAUGGAGAUGAAGAACUUUGAUGAGAAGAAGGGUACGCGGGCGAAGAAGUUCGGUAAAGGGAAACGGUCGCGGGAUGAGAUGGAUCAAGAAGAGGGUUGA